UGUAACUUCCGGCGAGCCGACACGAGUUCUCUGACAGCGUGCGGCUUAUGCGCAGAAAAACAUCCAUUUGACCCAAACACAGCGCAAGAGAGAUCAGUCUACCAACAAUCACUAAACAGUCGAGAGAUCCAAGAUGCGUGCCGUGUGGGGAUUUGUUUUGCUUUGCUCUUUGGCGAUUGGCACUCUGGUAUCAGGACAGUGUGACCAAAGACAACGAGGUGGCCCUCUUAUAUGCUGUAGCGGGCGAAAUAGUACUUGUGCUGCGGAGAGGUACGAGAACGACGAGAAGGACCAGCCAGCCGAACUGAGAAGAAAAGUAUGCUUCUGUGAUGCCUUCUGCGAACCUGCCGGGGACUGUUGUCCCGACUUUGAACGCGUGAAAGAAGAAUGUAAAAUUAAAGGUGUUCGGGACUGUGUGGUUUCAACUUGGUCCCGAUGGACGUCGUGUUCGCAUGAUUGUGGCGUCGGAACACGAAAACGACAUCGUGAGGUCAUCGUUAAACCAUCGGAAAAAGGUGGUAAAUUGUGCCCACCUUUAAGAGAAAAAAGGGGAUGCUUUCUGAAGCACUGCGGAGAACGAUCAGGUCUGGCACAUAUCUUACCUAAAAAGUUUAAACGCCUACCAUCCAAAUACGAGAGUAUUCUACCAAAAAGAAAAGAUUUUGAAGAGGAAGAGAAGCCAAAAAGGAAGAGUUACUGUAUGUUCUUCAAGAUAGAAUCCAAGCACCCAUACUGCAAAGGGACCUGGGCGCGGGACCUGGAUCCUAGAAAACCAACUUGUGUGGAAUGCCAAGAUUCUGCCAUGGACGAGAAUGGUGAUUGUAAAGGACACGGUGUUGUAGGAGAGAUUACGUCAUGGGUUGCCGUUGAUAUAUACAGUUGUCAUGGUGAAUGGCUUAGACUAGGACCAAUGGUAAAGUCGUGCGAAUGCAAUACUAGGAGAUUCAACAACUUUAUUUUUGUAUAAACUGAAUUUUGUCAAAGCUUUCUUUAUCGAAAAAAUCAUAGUUUAGGAUAUUUUAAAAGCUAUGUAGAUCUCGUUAAACUCUUAUAUUAUAUAAAUAUAUAUAUACAUAUAUUUCCAAAGUUGUUGGUUAGAUCGUUACGUUACUCAAGUUUUUAAUAAAUUCUCCUACGGUAUGUGCGCGCGCUGUGAUGCAUUCUAUUCCCAUUUACAAGAAAAACUUAAACAUGGCAUAGUUCGUGUGCUUCUGCAAGGUUCGUUGUUUUAUCUCAAUAGUCUAUUUUCUCAUUCAGUAACUACCGCGGUGUUCCUUUACUAGUAUCUCAUUCAGUGGUACGACUUUAGACUCGUUUACUAAGAGAAACUCAUUCACAAAAGUUAAAUGUAAAGUAAAAGUAAAAAAUGUGGAACUUAAACAUAAAACAAGGUUUCAAAUCCCAUACACUUUUACUGGUGUCUAUGGUGUCGAGGUUAUAAACCUGAUAAUAUUUCAAGGGUCUGUGAUAGUCGGCAGUGACAGCGGCAUUCAUCGAAUGAAAAAGAGGAUUAUUCUUAUGGUAAACAUUUUGUAGGUAAUUCUGUUUCAGUCUGCGCUUUCCAUAAUGAUAUGAAAAAACUACCUCAUUAUGAUAUAAAAAAUAUCUGUUGGUAAACAGGCGAAACGUUUUCAUUUCAUUUUUCCUGCUCUUUAUUAUUCAUCUGCCUAACUGAAAAUAUGUAUAUCGUAAAGCUUCUCUACUCAAGACAAGUUUCUAAAUCUUCACUUAAACUGAAUAAUAAACUUUAACCAUUGUAACAUUUCAUUUUUGUUAUAUUUUUAUUUCUUUUUCAAAUACUCCGUUUACAGUGUUGUUAAUGUAUAAUCAACUGGAAUUGUAAGAUAUUAAAGUUGAUCGUAGAGGUCUUAUUAUAGGUGUAUGUAUAGUAUCAUUAUUGUUUUGUGUCGACAUAAACAAAUUGACCUUU